GCGGAGACUAGCAGAAACUGAGGCUGGACAUACUCUUUAAAUCCGGUCACUGUGAGCUGCUGGCGACCCAGUACCUCGCCCUACACGUUUAACGUGUGCUACAUGUGAAGGUCAUAAACAGACUCGAGUUUAUAUGUUUACUUGUUUUCAGUCGUAGGAAAUGAUCCAACAGUUUCUGCGCCCGUUGCUGUGGGUCCGUCCGCUUCGCUGCAUGCUGGAUGAAAGGCUCGACGUGCGCGUGCGCGGUUUACUGCCCGGGGUUCGAGUCACGCUGCACGCGCUGCUUCACGCAGAGGAUGGAGAUUUUUGGGAAGGUUUUGGUCACUAUAUUAGCGAUGAUUUAGGAACUGUCACAGUAUGUAAAGAUGCCAGUCUUGGUGGAUCAUAUGACGGAGUUAAACCCAUGGGUCUGCUGUGGAGUAUGAAACCCAUUCCUGGAAGUAGGACAGGCCUCAGAUUGAGGAAGAAGGAUGUCCAGGCACAGUCUGAUGUGCACAUAUCUGUGUACAAAGACCACUUAACACACGGCUUCCAGGAGAAAGCUCCUAUAGCAUCAGUUGUGGCACAGCGGUGGUACAUGGCCCCUGGAGUUCAGAGAGUUGAUGUUACGGACAAAGGAUUAAAGGGGACUCUUUUUAUCCCACCAGGUCCUGGUCCUUUUCCUGCUGUGCUGGACCUCUGGGGUGGAGGAGGGGGUCUAGUCGAGUAUCGCUCUGCUCUACUAGCAUCCAGAGGCUACGUCUCAUUAUCUUUAGAGUAUAGUGCUGAAACGGAUGCUGGUGGAAAGCCGCGGCAUGUGGAGAUUGACUAUUUUGAGGCAGCCAUCACUGUGCUGAGGCAGCAUCCACAGGUGUCCCCUGAAAGACUCGCCAUUGUGGGUUUGUCAUAUGGUGCUUUUUUGACCAUGUACAUGGCGGCGUAUUCUUCAGUGAUAAAGCCCAGGUGUAUAGUGUGUAUUAGUGGAAGCCAUGCUAUACCUGUCAGUGGAUCACUGGUUGAUAUCUCAGGACUGGUCAAAAGAUUGACCAAGAAACCCCACUAUGAUAAGGAACAGAGACAAAUUUGGCGAGCUCCUCUGCUACCAAUACCAGAUGACCCUUUGAACAAAGUUGAAGUAGAUCGUAUCAAAUGUCCCAUUUUACUGAUUGUUGGGGAAGAUGAUCAAAAUUGCCCAGCAUCAGAGUCAGCAGAUGAUAUGAAGCAGAUGAUGGAGCGAGCUGGUAAUAGUCACCUGUUGACCGUUUUAACCUACCCUGGAGCCGGCCACCUCAUCGAGCCUCCUUACACUCCACAUUGCCAAGCCAGCAACUUCAUGUUGGCAGAGACAAGGACUAAAGUGAUGGUGCUGUGGGGUGGACAGACGGAGGCUCACAGUCAAGCUCAGGAAGAUUCCUGGCACAAAAUCCUGGCCUUUUUGGAGCAGCACCUCUACAGCAACACAAGUGAUUAAAACCAAUGUGAAAACAUUUAUUUCCAGAAUGUGGCUCACUGGUGAAAAGGGAGCUCAAGAGUCUUCUCCAGAUUUCUUAUCAUUUCAUAUUAUGUUGUGCCUUAUAUCAGCUAUUGAAGAACAAUAAUCAGAUCAUAAAUCUGUGGUUAAAAUUUCAUUUAAAAAUGGAAGGUAAUGUAUGUAACUUAUGACUAAGCGGAGGACCACCAGGUCUGUAUCCUUCCCUAAGACUAGUGACCUAGUGACCACUACUACCUUAUGACCGUGACGCCAUGCUGGUACCCUAUAAAUGGUGCCUGUGACAUCAAGUUCGUCCCGUGGCUGUUCUUAUCAACGCAAGUCACCAACAUGUAUCAGCAGUCCUCCAGUCAUACAUCCACGGUUACAUACUUAACAUUCCAUUGCACUUCCAGACUUGCGUUCCAGACUGCCAAAGUCAUCAAAAGGGUUCAUAAAAUGUCCUGACAAUGACAGACUGAAUUAGUCAAAGUUCUGAUACUGUUCUCCACCAAGGAAUUGCUAUUUAUCAGCUUGACUAAAAUUUCAGGAAGAUAAAACGUAUCUAAAAGUGCAAUCUUUAUAAAUGUUAUAUAAUAAAAGAUUUGUAUGCA